AUGAACUAUAUCAAAGGCAAGUGUAGAGUCUCACAUCCGGGCAAGAACAAGCGCAGGUACCGGUACAGGUUGGGGACUGACCUGUGGGAGAGCAGCAUAGGAGAAAGGGACCUCGGGGUCCUGGUGGACAACAGGAUGAGUGUUGGUCUUUGUAUCUUCUGCUACAGCCCCUUUGAUGCAGAGAACCUGUUCUUGUCGCCUGGAACCACUGCCAAGUUUUCUGUGGGUAGCAGGAAGAGCUCUUUGUACAACUGGACCCCUCCAAAUACUCCCAGCUUCAGAGAGAAGUACUACCCGUCUGUUUUGCAACAAAGACAGAACCAAGGGGAUGUAAGUGGUGAAGCUCAGCCUCCUAGCAUAUUGAGUUACUUGGCUGCCUGUGAUUUUGGUAUACAUGAGAGGAGUAAACCUCACAGUCCUGCAGAGACAAGUGAAGGAGACUCAUUCAGCUCUGAGGAUCAGAGAGGGACAGAAUCCAGAAUUACACUUCCAGCUCUAGACCAUAGGACAUUGCCAUUGGUGAUUAUUCAAGAGACUUGUGCAGAAGAGCAACAUCCUCUUCCAAAUCAUGCAACUCUAGAUAUUCUGAAGAAGACUCCAUGUGUGGACACGUUUUCAAAUAACCCAUCUAGUUUUCUGAGUUGUGGAAAAGGCGGUAGAAGUUUAAACCAGACCAGAAAUCGCCAUCUGACAGAACAAGAAAGCAUUAGCCAGAAAAGCUUGAAUACUGCAAAUGAUGUAAAACUGGAUGGAUGUACAAAGUCAAUUGACAAGACUCUCCAAGAAGUGUUAAAUUUGCUAAAAUUCCAUGGUGUUGGUCAAGCCCAGCUGGAGAAAUUGGAAUAUCAAGUUUUAACUCUGAGGGAUAAAUUAAAGCUAAGGACACUUCAUCACAAACAUUCAUCUGUGGAAAGUUUAAUGGUGGAGACGGUGCUGGAAAGUUUUAACUUUUUAAAUGCUGACUGUAGUGCUGAUGAGGUUUCAUUAUUUGGAAGCAUAAGAACAACCAGUAUCAGCACGUACAACGACAGCACAUUUCAGUCCCUGAGCUGUGAUAUGAAAACAGAAACAAGAGAUGUAACUACUGGAGAUGACAACUUAGAUGUACUUUUAAUAACUCAUCUGAAGCUGUGCAAAGCUCUUUUGCAGAAACUGAGGUCACCAAAUGUAGCCCAGAUUGUCCAAGAGAAUGUUUUGGAAGAAGUGUCAGAGCAGCUGCGAGUCCUGGGGGAUGUCUUGGAUAUGUCUGUUGAAGAACUUAUUCAGAAGACUAAGAAGAAGAAGCAGUAUCUGAAAAUCUGGAGUGAUGUUGCAGAACCUGGCAGUAUCUUCUUAGCCUCAGCAGAAAGAUUCCGUCACGUACUGAAGUACACGUUGGCGCUCAAAGUGAAGGAAAAGUACCCUGGCCAAUUAGAAGCAGUUUUGCAAAGACUGCUAGAGCAGAUCGUCACCUGUGAUGGCUUCCUGCCUUCUCCAUAUCUCCAAACAGAACCAGUUACUUUAUUCCAAUUUUAUAGCUACCUGGAGAAACACCAGAUUACCAGCCUGGAAAAACACGUAGGAAGACUUGCUAAAGAAGUGAUGCUAAUUGAGGAACUACAGUGCCCUGGGCGGCUGAAGACCCUUAAAAAAUUGAAAGGGAAGCGUCUGAAUCGGCUCCAGCCUCUACCGCAGACUUUGCGGCUACUUGGGAUUUUACAGCUUGAUGACAACCACCGCGUCAGCAAAGCAGCCACAUCCUGCCUCUCCCGUGCAGCAACAAACAAGAACUUUAGGGAAAAGGCUCUCCUUUUUUACACUGAUGUUUUAGUUGGCUGUGAUACAAGACUUCAGCAAGCUGCGUGUUUGGCCCUUAAAAAUCUCAGAGGCAUAGAGAGCAUUGAGCAGGUUGCCCACCUGUGCCAAUCUGAAACAGAGGAUGUAAGGAAUGCAGCCAGGGAAACAACGCUGUCCUUUGGUGAAAAGGGACGACAAGCCUUUGAGAAAAUGGACAGGAUUUGCUGUGAAUUAAGGGAUGCUGUGCAACAGGAGGCUGAAAUUGAGAUAACAGUAUUCUAGUAGUGGAGUAUAAGGAGCUAAGUCCUGCUGUCCUCACAGCUACUUAUGGGUACCCGAGGGUUUAGUUUUGUUGUUUAUCAGCAUCUUCUUUACUUACACUCUGCUAUGUACAUGCUGCCUACUGACAGUAGUUUUGUUUCCAAAGUGGAUUGCAAUUUAAAUCAAAUAGACUGGAAUCUACUUUUUUUUUUUCUUUUCACUUUCAGUAUUGAUAAUCUGAAAUGCUGAAGAAAAAAACAAACUGGGGUCUGUAAGAAUGUCAAACCAGGCUGCAGCAUGAGUGAAGCCUACAUCACAGAACUGACUGGCCCCACACAAACUCAGUUAUGAACCAUCUGUUCUGUUUGCAUUUCUGUAAGGAAUGAAAUGGUGGUGCUCCAAUAGUCCAUCCAGAACCUUGCUGACAGCCAAUUGUUUACAUCAGCUGCCAUGUGAAUUAGAAAAUCUAGCAACAUUGCUUGGUGGCUUCUUUUUUUUUUAAUAGAAUUUUGUUGCAGAAGGAACAAUGGCUUGUUGUUUCAAAAACUUUUUUUUUUUUUUUUUUUGAAAUCAGUGCAGCGUAGGACAGGCUUGCGCAAGGAUCGGCAAGGACAAAUAGUGUGUAUCCUCUGCAGUUUACAAGGGGAAGUUAUUUAUCAUAUUAGCCAUGUACAAAUCAGAUGCCAUACGGAUAGAGCUGUGUAAGCUUUUUAGGAAAAAAAGCAUUUUAUUCCUUUAGUCAUAGGUCAAGGUUUGUGUGAUCACAUGCCCACUGCCAGGCUCCUUACUCUGCACUUAGCGUAGGAGAGGGUGGUAACCAGGGCGUGAGGUCUGGCUUCAGGCAAAAUACUUGAAAAGGCCUGUGUGUAUAUAUUUUAUAUACCAUACUUCUACUUAGUAUUUAUUUGUUGGAUUUCAAACUUUCUGAACUUCUAAUAAAACUUUUGAGACAAAUCCUGCACGUGGGUGUAGGAACAGAAUGAUGGGGAGAGGCGCAUCUGAACAGCAUUAAGGUUCUGCAUACCAGGACAGGGCGUGUGGCCAUAAUAGUAAGGCCAUCCGCCUGGUCCCUAUCUGCUCUGCCAGCUUCAGGCUUGUACAGGCCAAGCAGGCCGGGCUGCUGCUGUGCUGUCAGUACUGCCCUUGGAACGUGCAGCAUCCUGAAACCCCGCAGCUUUCACUCCUGAGCUCCGAGCUGCGCCGUUCAGGUCGUGCGAUGCACACCAAGCUUUAACCACACUUAGAGGCGGUCGCUCAUAGAUUUCGUAACUCUCCUUUUAAUGUGACUCUGCUUUCCAUUUAUACAUUUAUUUACAAGCACCGUACAGGCGUUCCCCGCCUCGGAAAGUUCCCCGCGGCCCCGGCAGCUGCCGCCCCUCUUCUCCUCCCCUCGGCUGGAAGGGGCGGUGAGAGGGGAGGUGCGGGCGGCUCUGAGUGCAGCGCUCCCACAGCUGCUUCAGCGCCGCUUCGUGGAACUACUGAAAAAUCUCUUCUCGAGCACUUCUCCAGUCGUCGCUUUCUUAAAAAUCUAAACAAAAAGGUAACUACGUUAAUUCAAGCAGCAUGGAAGUGCUGCGAUCCUGCAGUCCUCCCCUGGCCAAAGCACAACAACAGAAACUCUAGCACAAACGGAGUCACUGUGUUGUACGUUUUACACCAAUUACUGAUCCAACGUACUUCAGUGGUGGAGGGGAGGACACACGUGGCAGGGAGAGGCACAGAACAGAACGGGGCACUCCUCUUCCUGAGCUCUGACCUAUAGGCGAGCUCUGACAGUAACACUUCAAGCCCCUUCCAGGAAGAGAAGUAAACACUGUUCAGUGCAGAUUUGCAAGCAAUUCGAAGCAGGCGCCGGCAGCUCUGAGGAAACACACAGCGAUGGGACUCGG